UGUCACUUAGCUUCACACAUCCUCCGUCAGCUCUGUCUCAGGGACAUCGGGUGAGCAAAUCUCCAGCUAUCAUGCUGUCUGACCUGGAGAAGUCCUUGGAAAACCUGGUUGAAGUCUACCACAAGUACUCCCUGCUGAAAGGGAACAACCACGCCCUCUACAAGGACGACUUUGAGAAACUGGUCACUACUGAGUGUCCUCAGUACAUACAGAAGAAGAAUGUUGAAACCCUGUUCAAAGAGUUGGACAUCAAUCAGGACAGGGCAAUUAACUUCGAGGAGUUCCUGGUGCUCGCGGUAAAGGUGGGCAUAGCAGCCCAUGUAGACAGCCACAAGGAGUAGCAGAGCUUCUGGCCCCGGGCUGGGCCCCUGGACAUGUCUACAGAAUAAUAAAGUUGUCAUACCUCAG